AUGGUCACCGUACGCGAGGCGACAUUAGGCACGCGUGCCAGUUUCUUUGGCUCUUCGGAGUCGAAAGGUUACUACACUCUGACCGGAACGCGUGGGACGCUGGAGCCGCCAUCCGCCGCGGUGCCGGCCGUGGCCCGCCUGGCAGCCAGCGUCUCCAGCUACGGACCGCCGCCGCCCCCUGCUGGUGGGGUGGAGGGGGAGGGGGAGGGGUGCGCCCGCCCCCGCGCCCUGGCGGCGCUCCACCGCCUCACGUGGGGCGGGGCCAGCCGACUCGCCGAGGAGCUCGGCUGCCGGAUCGCUGCCGACUGCACCGACUCCUGCCCCGCACGUGGGUUGAACGACGUGGAAUGGAACGUGACGACGCUGCAAACGGAUCAUCUGAGGUGUCAUGUCCUCUCGCAGUCACUGGACGCUGUUCGGCGCAUCACGAGAGCCAUACGCGCCAGGGGAGAAUGCGAGACGCACCAUAAACUGAAUUUCAUCCGGAAGCACUUGAACAAAACUGAACUCCGGGUCCAGCGGACGGUCUACCCGGAACAGCUCUCCAACUACUCGCGAGACUUCGCACAGCUGUUCUCACUCGGCGUGACGCAGGUCUCGCGACUGUUCAUUCCCCUCGGAUUCGAAAACAUGGGUAACGACACGACUGAGCAGCGACUCCAUGGAUGGAUUAAGGACAUGGAACGUGUGAGAGACAUGCUGCACACGAAAUUAAGCAGUUGGGUUCACGACAUGUACUCCGCCAGCGAACAGCCAGCGCACUACGAAAUUGAAGGCGACAAGAACAUACGCGGGAACUUAAUACUUAGGCGGCCGCUGUUGAAUGAUGAACUGCUGGAGUAUCAGCCACGGUACCUUUUCUUUCGCGAGGACUUCGGUGUGCUGUGCGAGGAGCGACAGCCAGAGGCAUCACAAAUGUUCGGUCUGGCCGAUGCACUAUACGACUUCUAUUACACCAACUGGUACAACAUACAGUGGGCCUUCAUGCAUCGCUUUGCAGACGGUACCGAGACUGUGGACGAGGAAUGGCAGCUGGAGGACAAAAGCAACACCACGCUCUCCGUCGACACUGACUGUGUGCAGCUGUUGGUGAACGCCCUGGACCACCCCACGUGUCCACUGGAAGACCUGCCACCAGAAACCGUGCAGCAGCGCCUACAGUGCCGCGUGCAGCUGUGGGGCGACCUGGUGCAGAGGUCGACACACAUACCCGUCACCAGCUACCUGGCCUACACGCAGAGAGCGAAUAUUAACCUCUGCCUCUUGGCCUGGAUGGCUGUCAGCUCGUUCGGCAUUUCGAACGGCGGGAAGGAAGAGUUGCCACUUAGGAUACAGCAGAACUCGAGAUCGCAGCAUGACUGGCGACCUCGGCACGUCACUAGGUGGGUGCCACGUGUGGCUUAUUCGCACACGCCUCUGGUCGCAGAGAGAUGCUGA